AUGGAGUGUCAACCAGUUGAUUCAGAUACUGGUCGCAUAUCUCUGCCAACCGUCAACUACUUUUCAGUUCGAGUUUGUGUGGCUAUUGCCGUAUUGUGCACUAUCGUCAACGUCGUCCUUACCGCCUCUUCCCCCAUGGUAGCCUCACAGCAUUCCCCCCGUGCUUUUUCAAGGAAGGAUAUAGCUCUAUUGCGGCGACCAUCCCAGUUCAUAGGUUUCGAUAAGAUCGAACGACCCUCACCUCCAAAGCCUCGCCAGUUCCACAACUAUCCUAUCCUAGUGGCCACCAUUGAUAGCAAGGCUGCGGACAAUGCUUUUGGGUAUGAUCUGAAACGAUUCAUGUCACCCGCGGGUGCUAUCUCAUUCGAUGAAGGGCAUGUUAUCAUCAAUCAAACGAUUUCCACGAUCAUACAGUUCAGAGCGUUUGAUUGGGGCAUGGGGACGUGCCAACUCGGCCUAUCUCUUCCAGGCGUUAUUAACAAUUCAACGACGGCGCAGUCUCCUCUGACUGUAUACCGUUUGAAUGCGCCACAUGCUCUGGAUGCUCUGUUUCUUUCGUAUCGCACUCGUCCUGAGCGCGUAUCACAGAUUGCAGACAUUGAACUUUCGGCGGAACCUUCCAAUUGGCAACGCAAUUUCACUUGCGCUACCGAGGAAAUAUUGACCUUUGAAUUUGCUUGUUCAGGUCUGAGCCCGCCGGAACUUUGCAGAUUCGACUGGUGGCAAGAGAAAAGAUCCGACAUUACUCCAGCAUGCAACAAAGUAGGGUCAGGACCCUUCGACUUUCAUGUACCCUAG